AUGUGGUUUUUCAGGAGAAGACUUCCUAAAAUUCCCAGAGCCUUCAUUUGGCUCAUCAUUUUAACACAUUUUUGUGUCUUCGUUGCUUAUUUCAGCUCCCUCUUUGACUUGUCUAAGACAGGGAUUUUCAGGCAAUUUACCAUUUUCCAACAUGCCCCAGAUACGCUACAAGUGGACACCCAAGAGCAACAGGGUUUAAACUAUUCUGAUAAUGAGAACUCAAGGAACCUUUUAAAGAUGACUGUGGGGAAAGGCAUCACAAGUCUCAAACAAGAUAUGGUUGAGAGGACAUCAAGGUGGGAAGGAAAAGAGGAGCAGAAGAAAAUAACGAAGCCAGUUGCUAGGGUGGAGGAAGCCAAGGAGAGCGUGACUGUGAAACCACCCCCCAGGUUGGAGGGAAUCAAGAAGACAACAGUGAAAACAGCCCCUGAGGUGCAGGGAAACAAGGAGAAAACAGCAGUGACACCACCCCUAGGGGUGAAAGAAGCCAAGGAAGAGACAAUAGUGAAAUCAAUUCCUGAGGUGGAGGGAGCCAAGAAGAAGACAACAGUGAAACCAUCCUCCGAGGUGAAGGAAGCUCAUGAAAACAACAUAUCCGAAGACCACACAAAGCCAAAAGAGCCUCCUGCAUCAGUGAAAACUGUAAAACCAGUUACUCAGGCUGCUGCAGUGACACAGAAGAAGAAACUGAGGGCUGCUGACUUUAAGUCUGAGCCACAGUGGGAUUUCGAGGACAAGUACCUGCUGGACAACGCAUCUCCACCAUCGACCUGCUCUGAAUCGGUGAGGGCCAAAGCUGCCAAGUCUGACUGGCUGCGAGAUCUUUUCCUGCCCAACAUCAUGCUCUUCACAGACAAGAGAUACUUCAAUGACAGCGAGUGGAACCGCCUGGAGCAUUUUGCACCUCCGUAUGGCUUCAUGGAGCUGGAUUAUUCAUUGGUGAAGGAGGUCAUGACCCUGCUGCCCCUGAAUCCCCACCAGCAGCUGCUCCUGGCCAGCAGCAAUAACAGUGUGCCAACAUGCAUCAGCUGUGCUGUCGUGGGGAAUGGAGGAAUACUGAAUAACUCUGGGAUGGGCCAGGAGAUUGACUCCCACGACUAUGUCUUCCGGGUGAGCGGGGCUGUAAUAAAAGGUUAUGAAAAAGAUGUGGGAACAAAAACCUCCUUUUAUGGAUUCACUGCCUACUCCCUGGUUUCCUCUCUCCAGGUCUUGGGACACAGAGGGUUCAGGAACAUCCCACAGGGAAAACAUGUCAGAUACAUUCAUUUCCUGGAGGGAGCUAGAGACUAUGAGUGGCUGAAGGCUCUUUUGCUGAACAAGGACAUCAGGAAAGGAUUCUUGAACCACUACGGGCAGAGACCCCGGGAGAGAUUCGCUGAAGAUUUCACGAUGAACAGAUACCUGGUUGUUCACCCCGAUUUCCUCAGAUACAUGAAAAACAGGUUUUUAAAAUCUAAAACUCUGGAAAAGCCUUACUGGCGGUUGUACAGGCCCACAACCGGGGCCUUCCUGCUGCUGACUGCCCUUCAUCUCUGUGACCGGGUGAGUGCCUACGGCUAUAUCACGAAGGAUCACGAGAAGUACUCGGAUCACUACUAUGACAAAGACUGGAAACGUCUGAUUUUCUACACUAAUCAUGACUUUGGCCUGGAGAAGCAGGUGUGGAAAAAGCUUCAUGAUGAGAAUAUCAUGAAGCUUUACCAGAGAUCCUGA